GACGCAUUAUAAGGUUCCCUCUUCCCGAGCAAAACGAGACUUUGGCCUCCUGCGCACUCUAGCAGAAUCCUAGCUCAGCUGCCUUGUUCUUCCCGACACCAGAAUUUCCUCUCUCUCCCCGUUAUCUGUCACUACGAAGGGCGAAAUGAGCGCGGCAUUAGCUUUGUUAUCCAUCAAAAACCCUAACCCUAGCUUAUCUGGUUUGUUUCCCAUGAAUAGAGUUCUCACUAAUUUUACUCCUAUUGCUUCGUGUACAUCAUCGAGUAUAAGACUGGACUCUAUGUUAAGACUUCGCUGUUGCAGAGUUUCUGAUGUGGCUCGAUGUGUUGCUGCUCCCAUGGGAAUUGGCGGUGGUUUCGUUUCUCUGGACCGAAGGAAGUCGGGCAAUCGAAUUGUUGUGGCUUCCGCAGCUUCUCAUGAGGAAUCGCAUUCAGAAAUUGAAGUGGAAAAGAAGGAUGAUAAUGCAAAAAUUAAAGUUGAGGGAUCAGAAAAAGCAUGGAAACAGACUCUAGAAUCCUUCAAAGAACAAGCUUUAAAGAUGCAAAGUGUGUCCGAAGAAGCUUAUGAGAUAUACUCUAAGAAAGCAAUAGUCAUUUUAAAAGAAACUUCAGAGCAGCUGAAAGUUCAAGCAGACAAGACAAGACAUGAUUUGAGUGUACUAGCUAGUGAAAUCACUGAAGAUGGUAAAGAAUAUUUGUCAACAGCUGCGGAGAAUUCUCCUGAACCAGUGAAGGAUGUUGUUGAAACAUUUACUUCCUCAGCUGAUGAUUUGAAUGAUGUUUCUAAGCUCCAGGACUUUCAUCUUGGAAUACCAUAUGGUUUGCUUCUCUCUGUUGGUGGAUUUCUUUCCUUCAUGCUCACAGGCAGCAUUUCUGCCAUUAGAUUUGGUGUUAUUCUCGGUGGUGCUCUCUUGGCCUUAAGUGUACAGAGAUUAAGAUCAUAUAAGAGAGGGGAACCUAAUGAUCUAGCUCUGAAAGGGCAGGCAGCAAUAGCAGCUGUAAUAUUCCUGAGGGAGAUUAGCUUCCUAUAUCAGAGACCAUCAUUUCUUACUUGCUUUCCUGUGUUUGUCAGUGGUGUUGUGGUGGCAUUUUAUGUAUAUAAAAUAUUGAAUCCCAAGCAAAGCAAAGAAUCAGACUUGCAACAUGGUUCAGAGAAUUAAGUCAGUCUAAGGUGAAAUUUGCAGGGCCCAUUCACUACGUGUUUACUGUUUAGGGGACCGGGUUGACUUGACCGGUAAACCUUGGAAGGGCAUAAAUCAUUCAGAAGCAAAGACUGCUUGAUGCUCUGUUCUAGUAUGGUGUUUACAGAAUCAGGCGUGUUACAACAACUCCAGUCGUCUGGCGUGCUACUUUGUGUUGUCGUGGAGGGAGUAUAAUCUGGUGAAUUAUGGUUAUCAUGAAUUUCUUUUAAUUAUUGAUUGGUCUGGGUUUUGAAGAGGAGUUGUACAUAUGGGAAAUUUGGUUUCUCAUGAAUUAUUUGCUUGUGACUGAUUAUGCAUGACGGUUGACGGAUGCCCUGCGAAGCCAUACUCCAUGGCUGUUGGCUCAUCUCUUUUGAACUUUUGUCACUAUGAAUCUAUGAUGCCACGCCCAAAAUUUACAAGCUUUCCGACUA